GCAGGUGCUGUGACCAGAGGCCCUGUCCCCUGAGCUCUGCCCUCGGAUGUUCCACCGCCCAGAGCUUGCAUGCGCCGUGGGGCGCCCCAGGACCAGGAGCUGGUGGGUCCGGGGGCUCCUGGGCGGGGGUCCCGGGGCGCCCCUCCUCCCUCGGGACCUGUUGUCCCGGUCCUCGUCUUUCCCCCGGAUCUAGUAUUCAGGGCAGACCAGCGGAGUGGAUCUCGGCAGCUGCUGACCCUCUAUAACCCCACGGGAGCAGCGCUUCGCUUCCGAGUCCUGUGCACAGCACCUGCCAAAUACACAGUGUUUGACGCGGAAGGAUAUGUGAAGCCUCAGUCCUGCAUUGACAUUGUGAUUCGCCACGUGGCCCCCAAUCCCAGCCACUAUGACGUCCAGGACCGCUUCCGCAUUGAGCUGUCUGAGGAGGGAACAGACGGCCGAGUGGUGGGGCGCAAGGACAUCACCUCGGUCCUGAGGGCCCCAGCGUACCCCCUUGAGCUUCAGGGACAGCCUGAUCCAACGCCGCACCCAGAGCCUCCUUCCUGGACAGCACCACCCACGGCUCAGCACUUCCCAGAGAACCCCCUCCCGCACCUGGCCACCAGCUCCUUCCUCCUCUUCUUGCUGAUGGGCACAGUCUCCGUGGCCUUCCUGCUGCUGCCGCUCCAGGAUGAACUUGGCAGCCAGCUGCCCCAAAUCCUUCACGUCUCCCUGGGACAGAAGUUAGUGGCAGCCUACGUCUUGGGCCUCCUGACUAUGGUGUUCCUCCGGACCUGAGCUCCCUGCUCAACCUCCACGCCCCCUCCCCGGGCAGGGACGUGGACCUGGACGUGGACGUGAGACGGCCACUGUGAUGCUCAUAGCCUUGCCUCCACUCCUACUUCCUUCUUCCUGCCCGUCCCCUUCCCCCUCAAACCCAGGGAUUUGUAUUCACUUUCCAAGCUGAAUAAAAUAAAUUUGUAAA